AUGCCUCACUUAUUAGGACAAGAGAAUCAAGACACUGUGCCCGAGCUGGGUGCAUUUCCAAGUCUUGUGGCCACGCAUGAUUCUUUCUACAGGUAUCAGACCAAGUGUGCUAGCCACUGCAAACAUGGCAAGUUUCCUGACAGCGACGCCUGGAAGGCCCUGAAAUAUCCUUUGCGCUGGCUUGGGAUGAGCGAUUUGGCAGAUCUGGCCAUCGUGCUCUACUAUUACGACACCCACCGCCAACCACUUGAUCUUGCCGAGUACUAUAAGGCAAUGACGGGAUAUACAAGUGUCCGGCAGGAAUUGAUCGCCAAGGUUCCUGCCAGAGGGACCGUCCGACUGGUGCGAAAGCUGUCGGUCGGCGUCAAUCAGUUCAUCCAAAAGUAUGUCCGAGAUCGCGAUAUGAGGGAGAGGUGGACCGCAGCUGCUGAGGACCGGGCAGUAUAG